AGCUGCGUGGAGAGGGGAAGGGCAAUAAAUUGCUCUCCAUAUCGUACCACACCCAACGAUAUGCACGGUCGACCCGGACCGAAGCAGGGCCGCAAAUUCCAUCUCUGUCACCUACCCCACCCACUCAGAAGUUCUUCCUCAACUCAUCAUUGUUCCUCCAGUUUUCAACCUCCCACGAUCAUUAACAAAUGCAAAAGAAAGGAUUCUAUUUCCUCCUGGAGUUCAGACAGCUGAAAGAGCGGGGGGAAAGAAGCCCUUUUUUUACACUUUGGUCAGGCCGUUUAACUCAUUAACGAAACAGCGCGCUCGUCAACUUCCCGCACGUACCAACAAAUUCAUCCCACUUGUCGGACCUGCUUGUACUUGUUUCGCGAGCUCGCCAAUGAAAGUCGGUUAACGGCAGAUGACCGCAUCGGGACACGGAAAAUUACGCAUCGGCUCCUACCUGGGGGCAGAUGACGUCACGCGCCCAUCUGGAUAAGUUGCGGCCGGUUGGCGCGUCGUCUUCAUUCCUCCCGGGUGGUUGCUAUCCGAGAGUAAGCAGAGGACCUGCGCUCCAGUGGUCAAAAUGAGCAACGUGAAUGUAGAAUCGGCCAAGACCGAAGAAGUGAAGACUCGGAUACCGACGGACAGACUUUUAAAGAUACUAGCAAUAACAACAACCACGCUGUUUGUCUUAAUAGCUGCAGCACUGACUGCUUUUAUAUUAGUCUUUUACUUCUCUCACAAAUGCAUGGAAAAUGAGGCUUGCAGAACAUCAGAUUACGCUGCCUGUGGUUGUGGUCAACAGAAAACUCGAUCUGAGAGAAUUGUAGGUGGACUGAAGACCUAUGGUGGCGAGUGGCCUUUUGUAGCCAGUAUACAGUUGAACAACCGACACGUCUGUGGAGCAACACUUAUCUCGUGUAGGUGGAUUUUAACAGCUGCACAUUGUGUCAAUGACAGUGAUAUACAGAACUGGACUGCAGUGCUUGGAAUCAAUUUCUUGGCUCAGCCAACAAGCAGUGUACAGAAACGAAAAAUUUCAAAGAUGGUCGUUCACCCCGAGGCAACAUCGUCCUUUAAUUAUGACGUUGCCCUGUUACAGCUGUCACAGCCAGUUGAAUACACUGACUUUGUCCAACCAGCUUGUCUACCUGCACCCACAACAUCCAUUUCUGGCAGAAAUUGUACAACCGUCGGAUGGGGAAAAACAAGUGAAAAUGGAGAGGACAGUGGAAGUCUUUUGAAGACUGAAGUGGAAGUUUUCAGCAACAGCCGAUGUCGGCAUUACCUGCCCAACAUAACUGAACAGAUGAUCUGUGCGGGGGUGGCUGAAGGUGGAAGAGAUGCAUGUCAGGGAGAUUCUGGAGGACCAUUGCUGUGCCAAGAUGAGGGUUCUCAGGCAUGGUUAUUGGCAGGAGUUGUUUCCUUUGGAAGAGGCUGUGGAAGACCUCAUCAGCCUGGUGUAUAUAUGCAGACAGUGUCUGUUCGAAAUUGGAUAAUGGAAAAUACAAAUCAAUAGCAGCCUCAUUUGUGACAGUCUUUCUAGGAAUUUGCCUAGAUUUGUUGUGUUUUUAAUACUUCCACCCCAUAUAGAAGUCUGUGUGGGAAAUACUGUAGCUUUGGAAAAAAGCUUUCAAUUUGAGCCUUAGUAUAACAAGUCCCAUUUGGAGAACAUCUGGAUUUUGAACUGUCCAGCUCUAUGGCAAUCAACCAGCUAAAGCAUAGUGCUGUUGUCAUUUGUAUUUUUAAUAGCAUUACUAUUUAUUAAAUGGAUUGCUUAAAUGGUCUCCUUGGAAAAGUAUACGUUAGAAAUAUAAAAGAUUCUGUUAAACUUAUUAUUUGGCCAUACCAUGGCUAUUUAACCAUCACAAGUGGUGGAAUUCUGUAUGUUACAAUGUAACAAUUUAUAAAAUGUACUGUUCACUAAUGUAAUGUAAGAUGUGUCCAACUGUUUGCAAUAAAAAUAUAAUUUAAGAUUAUAAAGUUUGUCUUUAAAGCUGUGUAAUUCAGAAGGGAGAACAGUGAUGCAUUUUCUUAAAUUCAUCACUACUGUACACUCGUAGUCUUUGCCCAUUGGGGGAAAACAGCAGUCCUUUACCAUUUGCAUUGUCCUGAUAAUCAUAAGGUCACAGCUGAUCUUUUACUGUAAUACCAAUUUCCUGACCUAAUUCCAUAAUCACUUAAUUUUACAAUGUGCUCCUUCCCAAAUUAUAUCCCUAUGUUCCACUAUGCAGUAUUCCAUUUUUGUCAACAGAAGAAAAUACCAUUGAUAGGGAAGACUAAUUCAUCAAAUCUGCACAGUUCCAAUCCUCAAACCAGAGUGAAAAUAACUUGCAUUUAUAGCGAAGCCAAUGAAUUAUGAUAACUGUACUACAGGACAUAAAGCAUUUAAUUAGUGCACAGGAGGGUCCCAUGUGUUACAGAGGACCAGAAUGUUUUGAAAUAUCCUGUGGUAGGGUGGGGGAGAUUUGGUGAAGCCCUUAGGCAAAAUAACCUCAAACACUUUCUCUUGAGAGCAGACAAGUGGCAAUAGGUUAAUUCCUAAAAUUAAAGGGUUAAUGUAUGUAGUGCGGUUGAACAAAUUGUGCUUAUCCCAAGCACCAAAGAAUACACCUUAUUGAAAGAUACAAGAAUUUGAGUGUGGCCAAUGCUAACUGGAUGCCUUUCCACCAAUGGGGCUUUGUAGAACAAGGGUCCGUCAGUGAGGCAAAAGGAGGUGCCCAUUUCAGAGGACUUCCAGACCAGUGAAGGCAAAGUGAUUAAAUGUGCGCAAAUUAGAGUCAUUUGGAUAAGAUGGAGACGAGGGGUGCUAAGGUCACAACUGGAUCAAAUAGGAUCUUGCUAGAGGGUGUGACAUGGAGGAAGGGCACUUUGUGCUCUUAUAAGAGGUUCCACGUCUACUCAUGGGUUGACAGGGUGCAUAUUGGCAUGCUUGCCUUUAUUAGUCAAGGCGUUGAAUUCAAACGCCAGCAAGUUAUGUUGUAGCUUUAUAAAACUCUAGUUAGGCUGCUUCUGGAGUUUUGCAAACAACUCACCCCACCAA